AUGUCUGGAGGGGUCGAUGGAAUUGGAGUAACUAUUGUCGUAAUUGGUGGUGCUUCAGUAGACGAAUUUGAUUUAGGCAAUGUUGGUGAUUGUUGUGGUUGCGGCUUUGGUUUAGUCAUUGGUGGUGGUUGUGAUGGUUGUGGUUGUGGGUUUGAUUUAGUCAUUGGUGGUGGCGGCGGCGGUUGUAAUGGAGGGGUCGAUGGAAUUGGAGUAACUAUUGUCGGAAUUGGUGGUGCUUCCGUAGACGAAUUUGAUUUAGGCACUGCUGGUGGUUGUUGUGGUUGGGGCUUUGGUUUUGUCAUUGGUGGUGGUUGUGGCUGCAGGUUUGAUUUAGUUGUUGGUGGCGGCGGCGGCGGUUGUAGUGGGUUAAUUUGGGAUGGUGAAGGUGGUGACAAACAUUGA